AAUAAUGUCUGCCGAUAACACUUCCUUUUCAUCAGCGAGCGAGACCGGUCGUGUUUUUUCUUAACAGUCUGAAAGGUGACUUUUUCCAAGCAACAAAGGCUUAAUUAAAAGUGAUUGUAAAAAUUGGAUCAUUGUUUAUUUCAUACAAAUCUUCAUCAAUAUAUAAAUUAUUCCUCUUUUCAUUUCCCAAAGGAGAGGUAAGUCUUUGGCAAUCUGGUUAAACCAGCAAGUAUGGCGGACGCCGGUCACUCGGUGUCUGCCAAAUUGAAACCCCCUGAUCAGGUGGCAAAAAGCGGCAAAAUUCAAACCCAAAAAACAAUAGCAAAAAACUUCAGUGCUUUGUGUUCAGGUGUGAAAGAGGACAUAUUCGACAGCUUGACUAACGAAAAGUACCCAGCAAAAAAGAUGCGCAAGGAACAAAAAAGCGACAACACCAAUACAGACAUAAAUAACAAAAUGCUGAUAGACGAUGACAGUAACAAAAUGGUGGAGGCUUCUGACGGUGUGACCGUUCACAAUUCUCACACAAAUGCCAUAAAUGGUUUUACUGGAAAUACUGAAAUGACUAAAACACUGAAUAAAAAUACUAAUCCGAUUAUAAACCCAUCAAAUGUAGGUAUCGAAAGAGAAACAGUGUUGUAUAGUGAGUGCCACAUCGGGGAUGCGGCUGUACUAGUAUCGACUAAGAACAGUACCAUCUUCGAAAACAAAAACACCAAAAAUGGCUUAUUCUUUUUUGAAAAAAUAAGACACCUUAAAAUCAAAGGAAUUAAAGAAAUCGUAGCUCUUGCGCCUACACUAUACAAGAUUUAUUUUAAGGUUUUCAGCGAAGCAAAUGAUUUAGUUUUAAAUGAGGAGUUAAAAAAAAUGAAUUUAGUGGUAUUUAUACCAAAAGACUAUGUGGAAUCCUAUAGAGUAAUUAAAGGGGUGCCCCUCGGUUUUUCUGAGAAUGAAAUUAUGGAUAAUAUUACUUCUAACAUAAAAAUUAGGUCAAUUGAAAGAUUAGCAAGAAGGCAGAAAAUUACAACCGAUGACAACAACGAAACAUUCAAGCUCAUACCAUUAGAAACAGUCAAAAUUGGUUUUGAGGGUUCAGACAUCCCAGAAAAGGUAUCUCUUUUUGGGAUAUGUGGGAUGAAAGUAAGCAUAUAUGUUCCCAGAGUAAGGCAAUGUUAUAAUUGUGGCAGACUUGGUCACACUUCGACCAGAUGCAAAUCAGCUAGGAGGUGCUAUAAAUGCGGAGUCGAGGAGUGCAAUGGUCUCAAAUGUAUCCUUUGCAAUGGGAAAAAUCACUCAGCUAGGGACAGACUGAUGUGCCCAGUAUGGGAAAAGGAGAUGGACAUUAACAAAAUAAUGACAAUCAAAAAAAUCGCGCGUAAGGAAGUGCUUAGCACUUACUCAAUCCAUCAAAAUUUUUCGCUGUUAGAUAAUUAUGAAAAAAACUAUCCAAAACUAGAUAUAAAUGAGGAAAAUGUUCAAAACAAAAACGUUAAAGCAAAUGAAGUUUUAAAAAAACACAGUUAUGCGAGCAGGUUAGUGCAGAGACGUUUGGUUCCUGCACAAAAACCCCACUAUCACUUAGAAUCAUAUACCAGCGAUUCUAGUAAUCACGUACCAUUUUUUGAAAACAAAGAACUAAAAGAAAACAAAUUUACCAUUCAACAGAUGGUUGACAUGUUGUCUCGUUUAGUCGACUCAAAUGAUGUGUCACAUCCAUCAAAAAAAGUGACCAGUACAAAUGAUUACAAUAUGGAACAUAAUGCAGACAGAAAAAUGAACAAACAGAGAGAAACGAACCUUUUUAAAACAUCUAAAUAAAUAUGAAAUUUUUACAACAUAACAUUCAAUCUAUUAAAGCCAAUAAAAACGACCUAGUAUUCUACUUAAACAAUGAAAA